AUGUUUCCACUCAAGAUUCAAACAAACAAAAGGUGUUUUUUGGCAGUCUUUUGGGCAGACAUAAUGCAAGCAUCCACAUGGGCCAAUGGACAACUGGUUGCACAGCCCACACAUCGUCCACAUUUCAAUCCCAACACACACAACAAUAAUGGGAGCAACAGACUUUACAUCAUCUCAAACGGUGGAUCACUGGUGGGCCACUUUGCCAUUCAACAGACGUCGGCACAAAGAGAAAACGCCACAAACUUUCACCAGGGUUAUCAUCCAAACUCCACGCAGAGUCCAACCCUCGCCUACCCACCGGAUGUCACGGUAAUUCCGGCUCAGGAGCUGCAAACUGCGGCCUGUGUUGGGAGAACGCAGAAUUUGCGCAAGACGCAGAAUGUUGCUGAAGUGAAGUCUCCACAAGAAGGCGCUCUGACAUUUAAUGUAUUGUCCGAUUUCAACUUCAAGGAGGUGUCCAAGAACGAAGACUCCAGAACGGAUUCAGCUGCAGAUGGGAACACAGUCAUUGAUAAAAAUGAGGAACAAACCCCUGCUUUGAAGAAACGAGGAUUGUGGAGGGAGGAGUUGGGCCAUUUGCCACAGGCGCAAUCAUCAUCCGGCCCUGAGUCACAUGGUCUCUUUCAGGAGUUUAAGAGGCGGCACAAAAUGAAACAAAAGUCGCCAGAGUGA